AUGCUUUCCUUGGACAAUUAUCUCCAGCGCUUCGUAACCUCUGCUCAUACUAACCGCUAUCUCUUUCCAAUCCUUGAAGAAUUCCUAGUCAACGACGUUUACCUAAACAAGAAGAAGCAGAUUCAAAAACGGAUGGAUUCAUUAGUCAGUCCUCUGAAAAACGCAUCGAAAGUCAUGGCUGAUGCACCUGGAAAUCUUCUGGCAUCACUGAAGACGUCUGCAGAACAAGUCAAACAGAAAAUGACCCCAUCAGGAAUGACUUCUUCCGCCUCGUCUGGCUCAAGGGAUGACAACCAAGAAGAAAAGUGGCUACUCUGUUUUCGAAAUAUUCUCGAUGAGAUUUUCGACCUCGGCGCCCGUGGAAAAUGGUUCCGACGCCAAUUUAUGCAACUUUUCACCGCCGCCCUUGAAACGACUUUCUUUGCUGGGAAGAUGAAUGUCAAAAUUAGGGAGUUUAUUGAGGACUAUACGGAAGACAGCGCUGUUGCGGGAUAUAUCGAGAAGGUCAAAAUUGCUUUAUUUCCACAGGAUCAACCCGCUAAAACCAAACCAAGACGUUCCUCAUCCGACAUUGUGAUCACCGGCUUCCUCGCUCGCAUUCGUCUUCUCACUGCAUUUCCUGAAAGUCUCAGACACAUGCUCGGAAAUGAGACCUGUCGUGGAGGCAUCGCCAGAUUUUGGCAGCUCAUUCAGCAUCAAGAGCUCAACAAACGAAUUAUUUGGAACCUGAUGGAGGUCAUUCUUGACUCGAUAAUUUCUAUCGACGAAGAAAAGAUCACGGAGAGCAAAAAUGACGAAGAGAAAAUGAAGACGUUGACGCUCAAGUUAGAAGUAAUGAUAAUGUUUUUGGAAAAUGGGCUUCAUCUUCCAAAGAAAUACACAAAAAUCGAACUUGAGAAAAAAAUCAACGAUUACAUCGAGUUUUUACCAAAUGAUUGGGAUCCUGGCUUUGCUUACUCGGAUUUUGAUCUCAUGGGAAAAAUUCUCGAAGAAGGUGUACAUGCAUCAAAAAGAUUUUUUAUCUGGAGAUUUGCGCAAAUGACGAAUCCUAAAUCGAAUCCUGGACAUAAACUGUUCUGCAUGAAUUUCAAAAGGGCUAGAAUAAACGAGUCAAUGCAACAUCUUAUUGAUGAAGACCCGAGAUGUGAGCUUUCUACAGCUGCUAAACUGAUUUUAGAAAGAGUUUAUUCUCUGUACCCAAUUCAAAAGACUUCUUUUUAA